CGUGGAAAGAUCACGUGUUUAUAGACCCAACCUCAAUUUUAUUUACCAAACUUACAAAUCUUUGUACAAAGUUUCAACAACAACAACAACACAGGGCUUUUGCGGAAGUUAACACUGCCUAGACAUUAUCAUCAGCAUGCAUUGCCAAUGCUUAGCCGGGAUAGAAAUAAAUGGAGAUGGAUGUGUCGGCGCGCAAUGAUGCUGAUCCCCAGCGUGGCGGCGUCAAACGCAAGCACGCCGGAGAUGAUGACGAUGAGGAGCGUGAAAUGAGACGUCCUACCAAGUGUAUCGUUACUAGCGCAACCUCUACUCAUGUUCCAGACGCAAGAUCGUCGCGGGAGCUGUCGGCUGUAGAAAAUGAUGGCACCAACGACAAUGACGACAAGGAAGAGUACUACCGGACCCUCUACACCUCAGAGCCCGACUUCCGCCUCCUAGCGCAGCGCGACCCCGACUUCCAAGCCGUCUUGGAGCCGCCCGGUUCAAGCGCCAUCGACUUCGCGAACCCGGCGUCCGUCAUGCAGCUGACCAAGAGCCUGCUCAAGCAGGACUUCGGGCUCAGCGUCGACCUGCCGCCGGACCGGCUCUGCCCGCCCGUGCCGAUCCGCCACUGCUACAUCCUCUGGCUAAAAGACCUCUUGGAUUCGACGGCGCCAGGGGACGACCCGCGCAGUGAGAAUGUCACGGGACUGGAUAUCGGCACGGGCGCGAGCCUUAUCUACCCGCUCCUCGGGUGCGCGCAGCGCGCGUCGUGGAAGUUCGUUGCUACGGACAUCGAUGCUAAGUCACUUUCGUACGCGCGCGAUAAUACUGCGCGCAAUUGGAGUCGGGUGGGUGGUAGAUCGCGGAUCCGCGUCCUAGCGCGCACGCCUGAUGACCCUCUGAUCCCCUUGCUUGACGACGACGACAAUGGCCUCGGGAUUAAAACCCUCGACUUCACAAUGGUCAACCCCCCCUUCUACUCCUCCGCCACCGAACUCUCCGACCUAGCCCGCCUCAAAUCCCGGCCCCCCAACUCCGCCUGCACCGGUGCCCCCAACGAGAUGGUGUGCGAAGGCGGCGAAGUCGGCUUCGUCCGCCGCCUCGUCGACGAGUCGCGCGUGCUGAGGGGGCGCGUGCGCUGGUACACGGCGAUGCUGGGGAAGCAGUCGAGCCUCGAGGCCCUCGUGCCCCUUUUGAAGCGUGACCUUGGCGUUACGAACUACGCUAUCACGGCGUUCGCGCCGGGCCGCCAGACCCGGCGGUGGGGGGUCGCGUGGAGCUUUGGGGAUAGGCGGCCUAGUUUGUCUGCGUGCAGAGGCGCCGGCUGUGUUGGCGUCGCGAAGAGGCUGCUUCCUCCGCCCACUGAGAUGGUCGUGGCUGUGGUGCCUACGAUGGUGGCGGAUCUCGAGCGGGCCGUACGCGACGCAAUGGACGCCCUAGACUUGGUCUCGUGGACCUGGGACGCGCAACUGGCUACGGGUGUCGGGUUCGUGUGUGGCAAUGUGUGGAGUCGGGCGUAUCGGAGGAGGAGGAAACACACUCCUAAGGAUAAUUGCUCCCGUGAAAAGGCGCCAACAUCAAUAACGACAACGACAACGACCAGAGAACAACCACAGAGUGUUGAGCCAGAUGUAUUCAGAUUCUCUAUAACUAUAACUACCCAGAAGAGCCCGGGACCCGGAGAGGGUGAGAUUGGUGGUGGUGGUGGAGGAGGUAACGUUACUGUCACGGCUCGCUGGUUACAGGGGAGCGAUUAUACGCUGUUUGAAAGUUUCACAGGGUUUCUUCAGACAUGCAUCCGCAUGCCUGCUUAGAUCUAGGGAAUAGCAUGUGAUAUAAUAGCUGUCUGUCUGUCUGUCAAUACA